AAGAAAUAAUUAUUUCAAUAUUUAUUCAGAGAUGAAUUCAGCGAUAGAUCUAAUAUCUGCGGUGGAAGGAACAACCCACAACGCAAUUUCAAUGGAUUCCACAACUGUUCAGGAAUCGUUAGCAAGCCAAGCUUCGCCUGUGGCCAACUCAACCCCAAUUCGGGCUGGGCGACUGACCGGUGCCUUUAACUCUCCGUUCAUGCCUCGCAUUCCACUAUCUUUGGCCCACAUCAAGGGACGAUCAGGUGUUAUUAGACAGCCUUCGGUUGUCUACUCGCCGAAUUUCUUGCGUCGCAUACCCAGAACUUUUUCGCAGAUCAAGGGACGACCACGUAGAAAAAUUCCCCAAAAUCUUAAUCCAAAUGCAAAAUAUACUUCGAGUUUGAAUGAAACCAACUCAUCGCCCGUGCCUCCUGUCAGCACUUCCCUUGAGCACUUGUUUGAAGCUGAAUUGGUAGACGUGGAAGUGGUUGGGUCAGCUGUGGAAGCAGCUGGGUCAGCUGCAGAAGUUUUUGGAACAACAUUUACACUCCUUGGAGAAGCUAUGCUCUCGGAGGAGCUGCGGGUGACAGAGCCACAAGCCCUGCCAGCGCCGGAGGAGAUGACUGACACAAAAUCCGCAUUCCCAUGUUCUAUAUCAUAAUCAAAUAACAUUUAAAGAAAACACAAAACUGUUGUUGUUGUUGCCCCUAACACCACAUAAUGUACUACAAAAUCCUUCAAUUAACUUUGGCGCUGCAUAAAUAAAAUAU